AUGUCCUCCACCUUCAAUACCAACCAUCUCUUCAAAAGAAGAAAUAUAUUUGUCUCCGGCCCAAUUAUCAUCGGCGCCGGACCCUCCGGCCUCGCCGUCGCCGCCUGCCUAAAAUGCCAAAACGUCCCCUUCCUCCUCCUUGACCGCGCCAACCGCCUCGCCUCUCUAUGGCAAAACCACACAUAUGACAGACUCAAACUUCACCUUCCCAAACAAUUCUGCCACCUCCCAAACUUCCCUUUCCCGAAAAACUUUCCUCAGUAUCCAACCAAAAACCAGUUCAUAAACUACUUGGAACUAUAUGCUAAGGUGUUUCAGAUAAAGCCACAGUUCAAUGAAGCCGUUAUAUCUGCAAUAUAUGAUGACAAGCAUGGAAUGUGGAUAGUAAGGUCUGAAAAAGCAGAGUACAAUUGUGAGUGGUUGGUGGUGGCUACUGGAGAGAAUGCAGAGUGUGUGGUGCCGGAAAUCGAAGGGUUGCCGGAGUUUUCAGGGGAGGUGAAACAUGCUUCCAGUUAUAAGUCCGGCGAGGUUUAUAAGGGGAAGAAGGUGGUGGUGGUUGGAUGUGGAAAUUCAGGAAUGGAAAUUUGCCUUGAUCUUUGCUUGCAUGGGGCUUUUCCAUACAUGGUCGUUCGAGAUUCGGUUCAUGUCUUACCAAGGGAAAUAUUUGGGAAAUCUACCUUCGAAAUGGCUAUAACCAUGAUGAAAUGGCUGCCCGUGAAACUAGUUGACAGGAUUAUACUGACAUUGGCAUGGUUGGUGCUUGGAAACGUAGAGAAAUAUGGAUUAAAAAGGCCAAAUAUAGGGCCUUUUGAGCUGAAGAAUACAAAGGGAAAGACGCCUGUUUUGGAUACUGGAACAUUGAAGAAGAUAAAGUCUAAUGAGAUUAAGGUGAUUCCAGGAAUCAAGAGGUUUAGUCAUGGAGAAGUAGAACUCGUCUGCGGAGACCAGCUGAAUGUUGAUGCAGUUAUUCUAGCCACUGGUUAUAGAAGCACUAUUUCAUCAUGGUUGCAGGAAACUGGUGGCAAGUCCACUGAUGCUCCUAAAGGCUGGAAAGGAGAGAAUGGACUCUACUUUGUUGGCUUCACAAGGAGAGGGAUCGCUGGUGCUUCUCUUGAUGCAAUUAGAACAGCAGAAGAUAUAGGAAAAAUCUGGAGAGAAGGGAGGAACCAAGCUAAGAAGUUCAAGCCUUUUCAUAUAAGAUGUAACUCACAACUAUGA